GUUCGAAUAGGAGUAAUUAACCCAUCCACUUACACCAAGUGAUGCUGUCGCUCAACUUUAACACAGCUCUGCAGCUCUGCAGCUCUGCCACUCUGCCACUUUUCCCCACCGCCAGCCAGGAUGCACCGCCACUCAUGUCGACACUACUAUGUAGUACUUAGUCCUCACUACUCAGUAGCCGUAGGGCUGAGCCCCAUCACGACAACCCCAGCUGUACCAGCACAGCGGCAGUGCCGGCCGCAGGAUGGCCGGCUGCUCCACCCCUGCCCAGCAGCAUGCCAGCCUGCCAGCCUGCCCAGCAGCUCACUGCCCUCGGCUGCCUCGAUGAAACUCGGCGUGGCAGUCGGCGUGGUUGGAGUCGGGCCAGCAAUUUGAUGAGAGUCCCCCGGGCCUGCAAGGUUCCGGGCCUCUGUGGCCCAUCAUUGGGUUAUCAACUCGUCCAUGACAAGACGAAGGAUCAACAUGUAAGCCCAACUCCCCUGCUCCCACAUCAACAGCGUUCCCCUGGCACGAUUAAUUUUAGGCUGCCGGAUGAAAGAGAUCCACCCGCUAAAAUAAGGCAGUCAGCGCGACGGCCUCUUUCUUUUCUUUACUUUUAUCUCUGUGGGUGACACUUCCUCCCUCUUCCUCGGAGAGCGUCACUCAUUAAACAACAGGAAAAAGGACAAAACCCCAUAAAAAAAUGUCGCGACCCUGCCACCCCACGACGACGGCGGCGGCGGCGCUGCUGCUGGCCCUCUGCGGUCUGGUAAUACAGGGCGCCAUGGCAGGCGACAAGGACCCGAUCCGCUUCCUGUACCCGGCCGAGGAGGGCCUCGAGUUCCACUACCUGGACCGCGUCGACGUCUCGUACCUGAGCAACUUCACCGAGCCAUACCUGUACAUCUGGUGCGGCCAGGGCAACGCCAAGCAGAAGCAGGUGGACCGCCCCAACGGUGGGAACGCCACCACCGAGAUCACGCUCCAGUUCGAGGCCGACCAGGACCUCGAGGACGACUGCUGGUUCAACAUCCGCAUCCACGACCUGUCCAGCUCGGUCCAGCAGGGCAACAACUCGAAGGCCUUCACCUACCUGCACACGGCCAGGGAGGGCGGUCCGGCGACAAUGGGCCUCCCAUCCGCCACAACGACAUCCGUCCCCGCCCCGACGGCAUCGAGCGUCACAAACCCCACAGAUGACUCGGCACCCUCGCCCUCCUCAGCGACGACAACAGACCCCGCCGCCGCCGCCUCCUCCUCGUCCUCCUCCUCCAGCGGCGGCCUCUCGGCAGGCGCAACAGCCGGCAUCGCCGCCGGCGUCUCCGUGGGCGCCAUCGCGAUCGCCGCGGCCGUGGGGGCCUUCUUCUUCCUCCGGCGGCGGAGGAGAAAGAACGGCGGCGCCUGGGCGGCGGAGAAGCACGGCGGCGCGGGCAUGGGGCGGACCGACACCAGGGACGUCGGCGGCAGGGGCGCGGAUUACCCGGCCAGCGAGCUGCAGGGCCACGGGCACGCCUCCGAGAUGGCCGGGGGGAUGGCGGCGUACAAGGGCAAAUACGCCCCCGUCGCGCCGGGGAGCCCCCAGGAGAUGCCCGCGGACCACGCCGCGCCCGAGUUCGAGCGCCAUGAGCUCCCCGCCGGUCUCGAUGGGGGGCGGGACGAGGGGAAGUUCCGGCCUUGAAGGGGGGAGAAACCCGACCGGGGCUGGUUGGCGGGCAUGUAAUUAUGGCGUGAUGCUCUUGGUCGAGCUGGUGUUGAUAAAUGAGGAGACCAAGAUACGGUUACGAUUAAGUCAUGAGCGUCUUUGGAUAUUUUGGGAUGAUACCACGGCGUUUAGAUGCAGCAAUUAUCUAUCUAGUGAGACAGGCACUGAAUCAUAGGGCUUAAACAAG